AUGGUGGGUUCAGGUUCUGCAGGUGGAGAUUUACGAACUCCACAGUUCAACGGUUCAAACUAUGAUUUUUUGUCAGUAAAAAUGGAGACUAUCCUCAUAGCAUAUGACCUAUGGGAUGCAGUGGAGAUUGGAAUACAACCACAGCCGAUUAUUGAGCAGGAAGCAGGCUCUGAAGGCACUGGAGAUGAAGAGAGUGAGGUUGAGCAAAUCCCAGUGGAAGCACCUACUAUCUCCAGAGAAGAUAAGAUCAAAAAUGCCAAGGCUUUGAGUCUUAUUCAAGGAGCACUGACAGAUGAACUCUUUCCUCGCAUCAGAAAUGAGAAGACUGCAAAAGGUGCUUGGGAAAUUCUAAGAAGAGAGUUCAGAGGAGAUAAAAAGGUAAGAGCUGUGAAAUUACAAGCUAUUAGAGCUGACUUUGAAUAUUUGAGAAUGAAUGAUGUUGAAUCUCUGGAUGACUACUUGGCUCGUUUUUUUGAAAUUGUAAACAACCUGAAAUCUCUAGGAGAAGAUGUAACAGAGAAAAGGAUUGUCCAAAAAUUGUUGAUGAGUCUAAGUAGGAGGUACAAGUCCAUAGUGUCAAUCAUUGAAGAAACCAGAGAUCUUGACACUAUUAGAGUUGAAGAAAUUCUUGCAUCUGUCAAGGUUUAUGAUAAGAGAGAGGAUUUGCAUGAUGAAAGGGACAAAUUGGCAGGAACUGAGAAAGCUUUUAGCAGUCUCAGAGUUGGAAAUGAUCAAGCUUCUGGAGCUAACAAAAGUUCUCAGGGAAAGCAAAAUCAAAAAUGGCAAGGACAAAACAAAAAGGGCUCAAAUUGGUCUCAAGGUGGAAACUUUAACAACAAUAAUGGCUCAAAUUGGAAUAAUGGCUCUGGAGGGAAUUGGAACAGCAGCUUCAAUUCACAAAACAAGCAAGGGAGUAGUAGUCAAGGUGGUGUGAAACCACAGUGCCAAGUGUGUCAGAAAUACCAUUUUGGUAUAUGCAGAUAUAAGGGAAAACCCAAGUGUGGAAAGUGCAGUCGAUUUGGUCAUUUAACUAAGGACUGUGAAAGUGGUAAACAAGUUGCAAACUGUGCAAAAGAGGAAGAAGUAACCACAGGAACAAUGUUCUAUGCUUGUCAUGCAAGCUCAAUUGCAUCAAGCAAGUCUGUGUGGUUUGUCGACAGUGCUUGCAGCAAUCACAUGACCUCUCAAGAGUCCUUGUUGAUCAAUCUUGAUAGGUCAGUGACCUGCAAAGUGAAAAUGGGCACUGGUGACCUUGUUCAAGUCACAGGAAAAGGGACACUAGUAGUUGAGACAAGAAAAGGGAGAAGAUAUAUAAAUGAGGUGUUGUUAGUCCCUGGUCUGGAUGAGAAUUUGUUGAGUGUAGGACAAAUGAUGGAGCAUGGGUACUACAUUCUAUUUAGAGGAAACUAUGCAUUAAUAUGUGAUGAUAGCAGUCUUGACAAUGUUGUUGCCAAAGUAGCAAUGGCUGGAAAUAGAUGCUUUCCAUUGUCUAUGGAAUCUAUCUGCUCAAUGGGAAUGAAAGCAGCAGUACAAGAAGAUCCAUGGAUUUGGCAUAGAAGAUUGGGGCAUUUGAAUUUUGCAAGCAUGAAAAAAAUGUAG